AUGCCGAAAAACACAGCAUUUUGUUCAAAAUGGUUGCAAAAAUUAGAUAAUACUGGUAGAGUGUGUUCUCGAUGGCUUAAAAAAGGUAAAACUACCAGUUCAUUCCAAUGUAUUGUAUGUCGCACAGAUGAUCUUAGCUGUGCUAAUGGAGGAUGGACUGAUAUAAAAAAACAUUUUGAUCGACCAAAACAUAUUCAAUGUAUGAAGGACGUGUUCGGUUCUGUUUCACUUAUUGCAUCAAAUGAUCAAUCAUCAACUUUAUCAAACAAUACAGAUGCUAAUAGUGUAUGUACAGCAAUAUUCUCCACAAAUGAAAAUACAACAAGAAUUCCUUUUGUUACUAUUCAAACUGAUAAAAGAGCAUUAACACAUGAAGAAAAAGCUACUCGGGCUGAAUGCAUAUGGACAAUGGCUAUCGCUCAACUUGGAUUUUCGUUUAAUUCAUCACAAUUUUUACCAGAAAUUUUCCAAUCAAUGUUUCCUGAUAGUCAAAUUGCUGCUGAUUAUUCAUUACGUCAACGUAAAUUAUCUUAUGUUAUUUCACAUGGAACUAGUUAUUAUUUCACCAAUGGAUUGAUUAAAGAUGUACGUAAAGCUUAUGGGUUUUCGUUGCUUUUUGAUGAAACAACUAUUGCCGAAGCUAAAAAUUGUAUAUGUGUUCGAUUUUACAAAAGCAUCAUUCUUGGUCAUGCUACUGCUGAUAUUAUUUCUCGAUCUAUUAUUGAUUCAUUGAAAGCUGAUGGAAUUGAUAUUACUAAAAUGUUGAUGCUUGGAAGAGAUAAUCCAAAUGUGAACAAGGGAAUAGAAGAAAUUCUUAAUAAAGAAAUAAUUGCCGAGAGAAAAAAAAAAUCUUCAUCUAUGUUGGUGUCUGGUCUUAUUUCAAUUGGUUCGUGUCCAUUACAUGUUAUUCAUGGUUCUUUUCGAAAAGGUAUUAAAUGUACGGUAUGGUUUAUUGAUGAAGCACUUAAUGAUAUGUGGUUUUGGUUUUCUCGUUCUGCUGCUCGUCGACAAGAUUUUAAAAUAGUUGCUAAUAAUAUAAAUGAAAUUUAUUGUCGAUUCCUUAAUCGUUUUGUUGACAGUCGAUGGGUUGAAAUAGGACCUGUUAUUGAGCGUGUAGUCGAUCAAUGGAAUGUUAUUAAAGAAUAUUUUCUUAUAUUUCUACCGACAACAGAUCAAAAAAAUUGA